AUGUCGUGCACAAGUAAUCCAUAUAGCAACCAUUGUAAACUGACAGCAAAACAUGCCAGACAUAAAGGAAGUGGUAAUGAUUCGGAGUUCUUCGUUCGAAUGACCUUAAACUCUCUGAUUUGGAAUAACGGUGCUCCAAUGCUGGCUAUGUUGAGGAUGAUACAAAUUGCGCCAAGUGUUUCCCUACCGUUAUCUUUGAAUCCACCAUAG